AUGAUGUUGAGAAAUGGAUUUGUAAUACCUGCAAAUUUGGAGUGGAUGCAUAGGGGAGGUCACCUACCGAGUCGGCUCAAAGGGCUAGACCAGGCUUUGCGUGGUGGUAUCCCAUUUGGGGUUCUCACUGAGCUCGUUGGCCCUGCUGGGAUUGGCAAAACACAGUUUUGCCUGAAGCUUGCGUUGUUGGCUUCAUUGCCGGCAUCUUGUGGAGGUUUAGGUGGGAGUGUUAUGUAUAUAGAUGUAGGAUCCAAAUUCAGUUCAACAAGGAUGAUAGAGAUUUGAGCAAAGAGUUUCCCAGAAAUAUUUAACAACAAAAGACUAGCGCAAGAGAUGGCUGGUAGGCUCCUUGUUAUGCGGCCAACAUCACUUACUGAAUUCACUGAGAGGGAACGUGUGCUAGGAUCCACUAGGCAACAUUUAUUGGGUUGGCAUAUCUCCUUCAUUAAGUCACUUGCUGAAUUUUCACGAAUCCCUGUUGUUGUUACAAACCAAGUGAGAUCUCAAAGUCAUGAUGAAGUCUGCCAGUAUUCGUUUCAAGCACAUAGCAGGGAAAAGACGGAUGAUCGUACUGGACAUGACUUCCAUCUUGUUCCUGCUUUGGGAAUUCACUGGGCUCGUGCUGUCACCAUACGCCUUGUGCUUGUUGCUAAAUCUGGAAAGAGGUUCAUCAAGCUGGACAAAUCUCCAAUAUCACCACCUCUUGCCUUCCCUUUCAACAUAACAUCAUCCGGAGUUUCAUUGCUGACUGAUGAUGGAAUAGAACUAACUGGACCAGAGAUAAACACGAUUCAUUGUCAAGGUUUGUUUCUGUGAACUCUCAAGAGACCCUAUUGAGUCAAAUUAUAUAUAUUGUACAGAGAAACUUGAUGAGUAAUUCUAUCAUUCUAUAACUUUUGCUCUGGAAAUACCCCAUUGAAAAAAUUGUUUAACUACUAUUAGAGAAACAGUAAUUGACUUGCCCCUUAAUCAUAGAAAUGCUCUCCUUGGACACUCGCAAUUCCUUAACGCUCAAGCUUGCUCAGGGGUUUGCUUUCUUUCUCGGGUU